GUUAAGAAAGUAUUAUUUAAACUUUAAUUAGCGUUUUUAAAUAAUUCUAAAAGUAAAUUAAAAGUUUUCAAAAUGAUGCAACAAUACAUGAAAGAACUUGAACAAGAACCCUUUGAUCCAGAUGAAUUUGUGGAAAGAUUAGCUUGGAGAACUGUUAAUGAUACUACAAAAGAUAGAAUUAAGGGAGUUUUUGAUCCUGUACUCGUUCAUGAAACUUUCCUGCAAGCCAUAAAAGACUUGCAGGUACUAGAAGAACGUCAACAAAAAAAAUGUGACAAGUUAGAAGUAGUACUAAAAGAAGAAGAAACAAGGCAUUCUUUGGAAAUAGGUGAUCUUCAAGAAAGAAAUAAAAAGUCUAUAGAAGUAUUUCAUCAGUUAGAUGAAAGAAUAAAUUUGGUUGCAACCAAAGUUCUUCAUUUAGGAGAGCAAUUAGAAAGUGUAAAUACACCAAGAUCAAGAGCUGUAGAAGCUCAAAAACUUAUGAGACAUUUUGCUGAAUUUUUAGCCCCUGGACCUUUAAUGGAUCCUAUUUUCACAGAUACAACAUCAUUGAAUGAAGCUGCUGAUGUUAUUCAAAAACUCCAUGUGAUUGCUCAAGAACUUCCUAUUGAAAAAUUUGAUAAUGCAACAAAAAAGAUUGCAUCAAAAUAUGACGAAAUUGAAAGGAAUCUGAUAGAAGAAUUUGUAAGAGCACAGAGUGCAGAAGAUGUUGCAAAUAUGAAAAAGUUAGCUUUAAUAUUAUCUCACUUUAAAGGAUAUUCUCAAUGUAUAAAUGCCUUCAUAGAACAAAGCCAAAUUAGUUCUUUUGGUGGAAAAGAUGUUUUUCAAGAAGUUAUACCCAUGUGUACAAAAAAUUAUAAACUUAUUCAACAAGUUUUUGCAAACCCUGAACAAGUAAUGGCAAAAUUUGUUUUGAAUAUUUAUCAUCUAAGGUUGCAAAAAUAUGCUGUAGCUAAAUUAGCAGAUAAAACAGAUACUGAAAAAUAUUUAAAAAAUUUAUAUGAGCUUUAUUUAAAAACUGUAAAGCUAUCAGGAGAUUUGAAAAAAUUUGAAAUGGGCACAGAUGACACAUAUUUACCAAAAUUGACGAGAAAUAUUUUUCAAAAACAUUUAGACGCUUAUAUUACGGUAGAAAUAAAGUCGUUACGAGAACAAUCUGCAGCAUUGUUAAUUCAAUAUUACGAGUCAAAAAAUCAUCAGAAAAAGCAGCUCCAAAGCGGUGGUUUUCAAGAUUUGAAGCGUGAUCUUCAAGCAGUGCUUAGUACACGUACAAAUAUCAAUAUUGCCCAAAUAGAAAAUUAUGGUGGUGAAACUUUCUUAUCUGAAGAAUUAGCUAUUAAUCUCUUACAACUUAGUAAAAAUUCAUUACAAAGAGUUGCACUGUUAUCUCAAACAUCUGAGUUAGCAGCCAAUGCAACUCAAAUACUUGAAACUACAUUACAGUAUCUUAUCAAUGAACAUGUUGACUAUGCCCUUGAAUUAGGAAUACAAUGUGUACCAAUACCUGAAAGUCGAACUCAACCAGAGGUUCAUUUUUUUACUGUUGUUCGUCAAUGUAAUGUUAUCAUCAAAUUACUUGAGGAGCAAUUUAGUGGAGAACUUUUACCACUUAUAUUAUCUACUUCAAGGCAUGCAGACUGUUUAACGAAAAAAAAAGUAGCAUUAGAACAAAUAGAAAAUAAAAUUGACACAGGCUUGGAUCGUAGUAUCAAUGCUAUUGUUGGCUGGGUAAAAGUAUACUUACAAAAUGAACAACGUAAGACUGAUUUCAAGCCAGAAACAGAGAUGGUAGAUACGUUAAAUACUCCAGCAUGUCUUACUGUUUGCCAAUAUGUGUCUGGUCAAAUCAAACACAUAAGGGAUAGACUUGAUGGAAAAAAUCUUGAAAACAUAUUAACUGAAAUAGGAGUUCGUUUUCACAGGGUUGUGUAUGAGCAUCUCCAACAGUUCCAAUUUAAUUCAGCAGGGGCUAUGUGUGCCAUAUGCGAUAUGAAUGAGUACAGGAAAUGUGUCAAAGAACUUGGAAUUCCUGUAGUGACUAGCCUUUUUGAUACGUUACAUGCUCUUUGUAAUUUAUUGCUCGUAAAACCUGAAAAUUUAAAACAGGUUUGCUCCGGAGACCAACUAGCUAUAUUAGACAGAGGAAUUCUUUCAACAUUCAUACAGUUAAGAACCGACUAUAAAACCCAAAAAUUGGCAAAUUCUUUGAAAGGGCUAACAACUUAAUAUUUUUCACAUUUUGUACUGUAGAAAGAAUGUUAGUGUUGGUUUGUAAUGAAAAGCAAAGCAUUAAAAAGAAUAUACUAAAAAAAGACUGUAUGAAAUAAAAUCAUUGAUGAUUAUAUUUCAUACAGUGCAGUUAGUUUACAAAGAAUCAGAAUUGUAAUCAGAGCCAUAUUUAAAUUAUGCAUUUUAAAAAGUUGAAUAUUUGAUCAAACGACUAUUUUCCCAAAAAAAUUAAUUUAUUUUAAGGUUUGUGUGGGUCACC